AUGAUAAAUAACAUUAGUAAUAGAAAAGGUAAACAAACAACUAGAGACACAAGUAAUACCAAAUCCAACAAAAAGGCAAUCAGUUCCUUAGUUAAAUCAAGUUUAGAUCCAGAUAUGGUUAGAACUCAAAUAUCAAACCGACAAAAAGAGAUAUUAAUGCAGCAAUUACCAAAAAAUCAGCAACUCAAUCAGCAAACUGGAGGUGCUACUAGUUUACAUGAUUCAUUAAGAAGAAUUCUACAAGCUUCGGCAUCGUUAUAUGGUGAAUCUUUUUGGCUAGAUGAUGUUGCCAUUAACUACAUAAUAUCUAGUUGGCAAAGUGAAGAAAUUAUGCUUUUAGACUCUUUAUUGAUUAAAAAUAUACAAACUUUCAGCGAUCAUUUUAUGGAAAUAAAGAGUAUAGCACUUAUUCCAGAAUCAACUAUCCAAAUGAUUUCACCAAAGUGA